UCCUCUUGCCUACUACGCCUUGACUCCUUGUUCGUGGAAACUGGGGGCCGCUGUGAAUUCCGGUUCGACUCUUCAUUCAGCCGCCCUGUUCCGUCUCUUUCUCCGGUCCUCCGUGGUUCUCGGCGCCCGUACCGCUGGCUGCGGCCGCUUCUCGGAAAUCGGCAGUUUCUCACCCUUCCCCGGUAUUUAAUAAUCUCUCCCCGACAGUCCCGGCCCUGGCCAUGGCGGCGAGUGCGAAGCGAAAGCAGGAAGAGAAACAUCUGAAGAUGCUGCGGGAGAUGACGAGCCUGCCGCCCAACAGAAAGUGCUUCGACUGCGACCAGCGCGGCCCGACCUACGCCAACAUGACUGUGGGUUCGUUCGUUUGCACCACCUGCUCGGGUAUUCUACGAGGGCUCAACCCCCCCCACAGAGUGAAGUCCAUCUCCAUGACGACCUUCACGCAGCAAGAAAUUGAGUUUCUGCAGAAACAUGGCAACGAGGUAUGCAAACAGAUAUGGUUGGGUCUGUACGACGACAGAACUUCAGCUAUACCAGACUUCCGUGAACCACAGAAAGUCAAAGAGUUCCUUCAAGAAAAAUAUGAGAAAAAAAGAUGGUUUGUCCCCCCAGAACAGGCCAAGGUGGUGGCCUCCGUCCACGCCUCCAUCUCAGGCUCCUCGGCUAGCAGCACCAGUAGCACCCCCGAGGUCCGGCCCCUCAAAACUCUGCUUGGAGAGUCCGCUCCCACCCUGCAUCUCAACAAGACCACACCCAGUCAGUCCCCGGUGGUGGGUCGCGUCCAGGCGCAGCAGAUGGGCGGGCAGUUCCAGGAGAAGAAGUUCGACCUCCUCAGUGACCUGGGUGGAGAUAUCUUCGCUGCCCCACCCUCUCAGACUGCAGGCUCUGCCAACUUUGCAAACUUUGCACAUUUCAACAGCCACCCAGCUCAGAGUACUGCUAAUGCAGACUUUGCAAACUUUGAUGCAUUUGGAAACACUGGUGCACCAGCUCAUUUUCCCCCUGCACCUCAACCUCUGUCUCAACCCCCUCACACAGCGUUCACUGCUCUGUCAUCCAGCCGCAGUGUGGGGGACUUUGCCACCGCUCUGCCGCACCUGGCUGCACACAGUAGCACCUCUGGAUUAGCUAAUGCCAACUUUGCAAAUUUUGACAACUUCCCCAAAUCCUCUAGCGCUGACUUUGGCUCCUUCAGUUCGUCCCAGAGUAACUCCACAGGAGUCCCCAAAGCGGCCGUAGACAGCACGAGCGUCCCCGCAGAUAGAUACGCCGCUCUGGCUGACCUGGAUAACAUCUUUAGCUCUGCCAAACCUGAGCCAGGGGGAGGUGUGCCGAGCGGUGUGAGUUCUGCUCCUGCGUCUGCCGGCGUGGUGCCGCCCCAGGCCCCGCCGGCUGGGCUGGGGGGAGACCGCUACGCUGCGCUGGCUGAGCUGGACAACGUCUUCAGCUCCUCCGCUUCCACCAGCAGCGUGUACAGCACCAGCAGCACUGCCCCGGGUAACGUUUUCAGCGCUGUAACAGGGGUCACACCCGCCCAGGCACAGCAGGUGGUACCCAACAUGCCCCAGGGUUUCGGAGCUCCAUCAACCAAUCCCUUUGUUGCUGCUGCCGUUGCCCCGGCGACUGCCCCAACCAACCCUUUCCAGACAAAUGGAAGAGCAGCAGCAGUGGCAGCAGCAGGCCUGUUUGGAACCUUCCCUCCCGCCCACUUUGCCACAUUCGGCACGGGCUCCAUGAGCAUGCCAGCGGGAUUUGGGAACGCUGCCGCCUACAACCUCCCCACGAGCUUCAGUGGGACAUUUCAGCAGCCCCUCCCAGGACAGGCCCCCUUCCCUCAGCCUCCGGCAUACCCCCCACAGCCCAAUGGUGCAGGGUUUGCUGCUUUUGGACAGGCCAAGCCUGUGGUGACCCCGUUCGGACAGGCAUUGGCAGGACCUGGAGUGUCAAGUAACCCCUUCUUGGCGGGGGCCCCUACAGGACAAUACCCUACAGGAAGUUCCUCUACAAAUCCCUUCUUAUAGCGCGCCUCCUGCAAACCACCACUAGGAGGCGACACCUGGCGCCCACGCACCUCUUGCACUGUUUUGUUUCACAAGUAGCUUUAAAAACACGUUUCUAAAACUUGUAUUUUGUAUUGAGUUUUAAAAACAAUGGCAAUGACAUCAAUGGCAAAACAAAACAAGGUAACGGUGCGCAGAAGGAUGGUCUCUCCGCAUCCUGUAUUUAACCUGUGAACUGGCCCCACACCCACAGAGCCACAUGUAUAUUCAAACUGGCUAAUGCUAAGUUAUUGCAAAUACCACAUUCAUUAUGCUGCAAUUCUGUACAUAUUUUUCUUAGAAAAUUUGCUCUUUGUGCAUAUCAGUAUUGGUAUCUUUACCACAUGUAUGUUACAGGGAUUAAGCAUUGGGCUACUGAGAGUUUCUGUAUUUGUGAAGAAAAAAAAAAAGAAUCAAUACAGGCAGUUUGGAUCAGUAGGUACAGCAGAUGUUGCAAGAAAAAAGCAGGAAAAAGCAUUGUGUUCCGUUCCCGUGGGGGGAAAAAGAGCAUCUCUCUUCCGUUACCUGUCCUGAGGCUCGCCAGCCCCUCUCUUGUCCACAUCCUCAGGUGCUCAGUCAUCACAGACUAAGACCACUUACGUUGGGUGUUACAGAAAUUUAAGUUAAUGUGUACAUAUAUAUUAAAAUGGAUUUUAACUAAAAAAAAAUCACUCUUUUUGUAUUUCUGUACAAUUCAUUCAUGUGUUGGAACAUUUUGUAAAAUAGAGAGAUUUAUAAAUGACUCAUUAUGAAGACGUUGCACUCUGUCCGACAUCAAAGGUUUGGCUCUGCUGCGGGGAGCAGACUGAAAGGGGAAGACUGACUGGGUAGGAACUGAGUUACGGUGGCAGGAAGACGAGCAGCCCUGGGAAAUCUGAUAUAUAUUUCUAGCUCUAUUGUAAUAGCACUUUUCAUCUGCCUUGUAUUUAGAUUUUUCUUUUAAUUAAGAAUAAAAAGUCAAAGCAAA